AUGUCGGAAAUACCCCAAGACCUCUGCGAGUUCAUCAUCGACUUCCUGCACGCCGAUAGACGUGCGCUGGCCGCGUGCAGCCUGGUAGCAAGAUCGUGGCUUUGCGCCAGCCGCUACCACCUCUUUCGUUCCAUCAAGUUCGACUCGGCGAACGCCCACCACUUCCUUCGCCUUCUCGACUCUGCGUGCGCCACAUUCCCCUACAUCACCAGAACCUUGCACCUCUGCGAUGAGGAGUACUUCUUCCCUCGGCGAGUCGAUGAACAUCUUAUCCGGGGGAUCACGUCUUUGAGCACGUUGAAAGCAUUCAAGAUGACGGCAAUCACCUGGUCGGGAUACGACCCACAUCCCCACCAUCGCCGCGAUCUCUUGAUCUCCAACACAGUGACCCAAGUGGAACUGGGCGGCGUUGAAUUCGAUGACAUUCAUGAUUUAGUGUGCCUGAUCUGCGGGUUCGGAAGUCUGCAAGAACUCCGCCUUGAAGUGCAGUUCUGGGAUGUCGACAUACCAUACAGAGGGACGCAAAGAAUAUCCAAAGCGGUACGGUCCAUUUCAAUUCGGAUGACCAGAGGGACGGAACAUCUCCUCGGCUGGCUAUCAGAGCAUACAGAGCAGGAGCUGGUGACGGCGAAGAUGGGCCUGCACCGCUUAACAGCUGAUGACCUGGUAUCUGCUGGGUCCUUGGUGCGGAAAUUGGGGGACCAGCUGCGGGAGUUGGAGCUGAGCUUCGACGAGAGCUCUGGUACUAUCUCGGCGUCUUAUCUGUAUAGCCUGCUGGAUCUCUCCAUGAACACGAGGCUGGAGAGGCUGCAGCUGCAUUUGGAUCCCAGAGAGAGCAUCUACCAGGCGUGUUCGCUGCACGGCAAGCUGGCGCUGUUCAUAUCACGGGCCUCUGCAAGUUUGAUGAGCUUGAGGCUGGACAUUACGACAGAGGACCAUGGGUUGAUAAAUUGGGGCGAGCUUGCAGCCACGCUGGACCGGAGGAGGUUUUCCAAGUUGAGAGAUGCCGCGGUGGUGUGUGGUGGAAAGGCGAAAGAUCUGUUGGAUUAG